AUGCCGGCCGUUCCAGUGAUGUAUCUGCCAGGGAAAGACUGGUGCUUCCCUGGCCUCUGGACUCGAUUUGAAGAUUUUGAGCAGGUACAGGAAACGAUUCUCGAGGAAUCCGGUGCUUUCGGCAUCUUGGUGAAGGAGCAUCGAGAAACGACGAGUUUGGUUGGUACCAUGUACCCUUUGUUCCUUUUGCAGGUCAUCCCACCCAACGAUAGGAAUAGAUGA